AUGUGGGCUGCAGCAACCUCAACGACAUCCUCUACUCUAUCCCCUCCAAUCCACUCCCCACACGUGCCGCGCCAUUUCCGCACGUGCAAAGCCCCUCCUCACUCGACCGUUGAGCCUCCUCCGACACCCUCCUCUCCCGCCCCUUCAAAACCCUCGCUCUUCGCACGUGAAACCCGCGCACAAACGCCUCCCCCUCCCCACCUCCAUGGCCUCGCCUCCGAUGUCGACUCCUGCGGCUGCCCCUUCCUGGCCCGUCAGAUCCACGCCCGCGUCCUCAAGCGCGGCUUCUUCGGCGCCCGCGCGUUCCUGGAGGCGCGGCUCCUCGCCGCGUACGCGCGGCUCUCGCGCCUCGACCUCGCCCGCCACCUGUUCGACGCAAUGCCCCAGCGGACCAUCUACGCGUGGCUCGCGCUCGUCACCGCCUUUGCCGAUCGCGGGCUCUUCGGAGAAGCGCUCCUGCUCUUCCGGGCACUGCUGGCGGAGGCAGCCGAGCUGGAGUUCUUCGUGUUUCCGGUGGUCUUCAAGGCCUGCGGCGGCGGGCUCGGGUCGGUGGAGCUGGGGGAGGAGCUUCAUGGGUUCGUGAUAAAGAAGGGAUUUUGUUCGAAUUUGUAUGUGGGUAACGCUUUAAUCGACAUGUACGGCAAGUGUGGGUUCGUUUCAGAGGCGACAAAGGUGUUUGACAGAAUGCUGGUGAGAGAUUGUGUUUCGUGGAACUCAAUAAUAAGCGGUUGUGCUUCUAAUGGAUUGGUUUUUCAAGCAAUGGAGUUUCUAGAGAGAAUGCGACGGUCUACUGAUGUUAAGCCUAAUCUCGUUUCCUGGAGUGCGGCGAUCGGUGGAUUUUCUCAGAACGAAUACGAUGAAGAAGCCAUUGACCUACUAGGUCAAAUGAUAAAAUCCGGCAUUAGCCCGAAUGCUCAGACUUUGGCCAGUGUAUUGCCUGUUUGCGGGAGACUCGAAUUACUCGACGUGGGUAAGGAAAUUCAUGGCUACAUUGUGAGAAAUGGGCUCGCUUCCAAUUCUUAUAUAAUUAACGGAUUGAUCGAUGUUUAUAGGCGCUGUGGCAAUAUGAUCACUGCAAAAGAGCUUUUUCUGAGAUUCUCAGUGAGAAAUUUGGUUUCUUAUAAUACUAUGAUUGUUGGGUAUUGCGAGAAUGGUGAGUUGGAAUUGGCUAAGGAGCUGUUUGAUCGUAUGGAACUUGAUGGAGUGAAGAGGGAUAAUAUUUCAUGGAAUUCGAUGAUUUCGGGUCUUGUUGACAAUGAGCGGUUCGAUGAAGCGUUAAACAUGUUUAGAUACAUGCAGAUGGUGGAAGGGAUCGAAGCUGAUUCCUUUAAUUUGGGAAGCAUUUUGGCGGCUUGUGCCGCAUUAGGUGCAUUAAGACAGGGAAAGGAGAUCCACUCAUACGCAAUAGCGAGAGGCCUUCAUGUAAAUCCUUUUGUGGGGGCUGCACUUGUGGAAAUGUACUCUCAGUGCAAUGAUUUAUCUGGUGCGAAUUUGGCCUUUGAUUGCAUUGUUGAUAAGAACACAGUUACGUGGAACGUAUUGAUAUCUGCGUAUGCUCAAGCUGGAAACUUGAAUUAUUCUCUAGAGCUUCUUUCUAUGAUGAGAGAGAGUGGGUUCGAUCCGAACAUCUACACGUGGAAUGGAUUGAUUGCAGGUUGUAUGGAGAAUGGUCAGAAUGAAUUUGGUUUGCAAAUCUUUGGUGAGUUGCUGAGUGAAAAUUUGAGACCUGAUAUUUAUACCAUAGGAAUGAUAAUACCGAUUUGUUCAAGAUCGGUAUCUCUCGAUCGAGGGAAGCAAGUUCAUGCUUAUUCAAUCAGAUGUGGGUAUGACUCAGAUGUCCAUAUCGGUUCGGCACUUGUGGAUUUGUACAGCAAAUGUGGGGUUAUAAAAUUGGGAAUUUUCACAUUUGAUAGGAUUCUGCGGCACAAUUUGGUAUCAUACAAUACUAUGCUCGUGGGUUAUUCGAUGCAUGGGCUCCGGGAGGAAACCCUCUCACUAUUUAAUCAAUUGAUUGAGAAUAGAAUUAAACCUGAUGCGAUCACCUUUUUAUCUGUUUUAUCUUCAUGCGUUCACGGUGGUGUAGUUGAGGAAGGCCAAUUUUACUUCAAUUUAAUGAAAUUUUACGGCAUAAAGCCCGAUCUCAAACAUUAUACUUGCAUGGUCGAUCUUUACAGCCGUUCCGGGCGGCUAAACGAAGCUUAUGAUCUUAUUCAGAACAUGCCAAUGAAGCCCGAUUCCGUGGUGUGGGGCUCGCUUUUAAGUGGAUGCGUUACUCAUUGCAAUACAGAAUUGGGAGAAAUCGUGGCGAAUCGGCUCAUCGAAUUGGAAGGAGAUAAUGUAGCUAACUAUGUUUUGCUGGCAAACUUAUAUGCUAUAGCCGGGAAAAGGGAUGAACUGGUGAGAACAAGGCGUACUAUUAAGGAUAAAGGAAUGCGUAAGAGCCCAGGAUGCAGUUGGAUUGAGGUAAGAGACAAAGUUCAUGUGUUUCUUGCAGGUGAUAAAUCACAUAACCAAGUAGAUGAAAUCUAUUCUAUUUUGGAUACAUUGAGCUCACAUAUGAGAAAACGAAGUGACAUAGUUGGGAUAGCUCAGUAG